CGAGCAUCCAGGAAGAGAGUUGCAGUAGCGUUUGCCCAACGUGAGUCCUGCUUGUAUUCUAAACAGUUAUAAUCUCUCAUUAAUUCAGACAUAAUUCAUAAAAGGAUUUAUCAAAAAAAAAACCAGGAAAUCUUCAGUAAAGAGCUCUAAUCAUGGCUCUGAAUAAAUCCAUGCAUCCCCGAAACCGCUACAAAGACAAACCACCGGAUUUUGGGUACCUGGCAUCCAAAUAUCCAGACUUCCAGCAGCAUGUGCACACCAGCCUCGCAGGGAGACCAAUUGUGAAUUUCAAAGAACCAGAGGCAGUGCGAGCGCUAACCUGCACCCUACUGAAGGAGGACUUUGGUUUGACCAUCCAGAUCCCUCUGGAGCGCCUCAUUCCCACCGUCCCUCUCCGUCUCAACUACAUCCACUGGGUGGAGGACCUCACUGACGGCCAGAAACAGCCACGCAGGGGCAUCGACAUCGGCACUGGUGCGUCUUGUAUCUACCCCCUGCUGGGAGCCACAAUGAAUGGCUGGUACUUCCUUGCCACUGAGGUGGAUGACAUCUGUUUCGACUAUGCAACGAAAAACGUGGAGCAGAACAACCUUUCUGACCUCAUCAAAGUUGUCAAAGUCCCUCAGAAAACUUUACUGAUGGACGCCUUGAAAGAAGAGACGGAAAUAGUUUAUGACUUCUGCAUGUGCAACCCUCCUUUUUUCGCCAACCAGCUGGAAGCAAAGGGGGUUAACUCCAGAAACUCCCGGCGCCCUCCUCCCAGCUCGGUGAACACGGGUGGGGUCACGGAGAUCAUGGCAGAGGGAGGAGAACUGGAGUUUGUCAAAAGGAUCAUUCAUGACAGCCUGCAGCUCAAGAAACGCCUACGGUGGUACAGCUGCAUGUUGGGGAAGAAAUGCAGCUUGGCACCUUUGAAAGAGGAGCUUAGGAAGCAAGGGGUGCCUAAAGUGACGCACACAGAGUUCUGCCAGGGCCGGACGAUGCGCUGGGCUCUUGCCUGGAGUUUCUACGAUGAUGUGAUUGUUCCGUCUCCUCCCAGUAAGAAGCGUAAACUGGAGAAGGCGAGGAGGCCGCUGUCGUUCACACUACCAGGGCCCGGAGUGACGGAGCUCCAGACCAAGGCAUCGGCUUUAGGAUGUACUGUUAGCAGUCCUGUGGAGACCAUCGCUGCUCUGCUGGAGAAAACACUCACUGAGCUGAAGGUGCUGCACAAACGUGUUCCCUGCAGAAAACAGGAGCAGAGUCUUUUCCUAACAGCCAUGGAGAACACGUGGAUCCAUGGGCGUCAGAAACGACGUGAAGGGGCGCGUCAGCUGCGAGAACUUCCCAGGGCACCUCAAACUGCUGGAACCUGCUCUCAAACCAUUGCAGUCACAGCUGCUUCCACCACAACUCCUGCAUCUGAAAACCAAUCAACUACCACACACAACGCCCAAGAUGACAGCACUCACAACCGUGCAUCUUCUGUAGAUGAGACGAGUAUGGAUCUAACAUCCAACCCAAGUGGAGAAAAAGAGGUGUCAGAGAGUGUAUCAGCUGGAGAUGUGGACAUGAAGUGCUCUACAGGAGGAGAACAGGAUGCUGGCUUAAAGGAAGCGCCUGCUGCAGCCAGUGAGCUGCCCCCAAACCCUGCUGCAGUGGAACACUUCCUGUUUAAGUGUCUGCUGAACGUGAGUCCAGAGGAAAGUGAUGUUCUGAUAGAGAUGCAUUGGGUGGAAGGUCAGAAUAAAGACCUGAUGAACCAGCUGUGCACAUACCUGAAAAACACACUUUUAAGAUCCAUUGGAAAAUCCUGAAUGCACACAAAAUACAGGUCAAGAUAAAAGAAAAAAAGUUGUUUUUCUUUUUUUUUAAUUCAUUAUUUUUAGAGAUCUUUAUUUAGUGCCUCCACUUGGGAAGUUUCUUUUUGAAAACUUAAAUCAUUAUACUGUGCAAAACUUUACACAGCUUUUUGGAAUUUGAAGGGUUGAUUUCACUUCUGGAUGUUUAACCCAGUAGAGGGAAAUGUUUUAUUGCAGUUAGUUGAAACACCCUCUGUACUGCUUUUACACUUUACCUUUUAAGGUAGUGUGUACUGUACAUUAGUAUUGAGUAUUCAAAUAUUUUCAAUAAAAGAUCAAGGUUUUCUACAU